UGUUGUCUUGUGGUUGUGUGUGCCGCGUUAAAAUCGAACACCAUGGGCAGUAAACUAAGCAACUUUUGGCGCAAAAACUGUUGCGAAUGUGCCUUGUGUGUGAACAGUAGCAGUGAGAAUCGAGAGCCAUCAAGGUGGAAUCCUUUAGCGAACCAUCCUAUCGCUUCCUGGGGAAUGGCGGAUAAAAUUGAUUCUGCAUCCGCUGAGGUACUGACAGUAAAAUCCGUUGAUCUUUGCAUUGAAGAGAAUGGCAAAGAUCAUCGCACAAUGCGAUAUGAGUUGAUGAGCCGUGACGAGUAUAGUGGCAAGAUACCGAAGCUAGUCGUACGUCGGGGACAACCCUUCCGAUUGCGUUUAGUGUGCGAUCGACCGUACGAUCGAAGUCGCGACGCAUUGAGUUUAAUUUUUACCGUAGCCGACGAGGAUCAACCGACCCACGGACAUGCGACAUUGGUUGGUAUUCCGGUGAAUCAAUUCCCGAACCAGCUAGGUGAACCCCACGAAUGGGGUGCCGCAAUCGAAACGAUCCAUGGUGAUCUGCUGGAGAUUUUAGUUAAACCGGCCGCAACCGCUCCGGUUGGUCAGUGGAAGCUGGAUAUCGAUACAAAGCUGCUGAGUGAUGCGUUCGGUAAAAGUUACUCACUUCCUCAGGCGUUUUACGUGCUCUUCAAUCCCUGGUGCCCGGAUGACUUGGUGUACAUGGAAGAGAGAUCACACCGACACGAGUACGUCAUGAGUGACACGACACUCAUCUACCGAGGAUCGUACAACCGGUUGCGUCCCUCGGUGUGGAAGUUUGGCCAGUUUGAAAAACACGUCCUGGAUUGCUCGCUGUUGCUGAUUUCGAAGAUCGGUAAGGUUAGUGCUACACACCGUGGUGAUCCAGUACGGGUGUGUCGUGCCAUCUCAGCGGCGGUUAACUCACCGGACGAUGAUGGUGCACUGUUGGGCAACUGGAGCACAGACUAUUCCGGUGGAACUCCUCCAACGAAGUGGGUUGGCUCGGUGGAAAUUUUGCAGCAAUUCUACAAGAAGCAAAAACCGGUCAAGUUUGCCCAAUGCUGGGUGUUUGCCGGUGUUGUAUCCACAAUUGCUCGAGCCAUUGGAAUACCGUCCCGUGUGGUAACGAACUACUCCUCAGCACACGACACACAAGCCUCCCUCACGGUGGACUACUUCGUAGACAAUAGUGGCAAAAUUAUGGAAGAGAUGAACGCCGACUCGAUCUGGAACUAUCACGUGUGGAACGAGGUGUGGAUGCAGCGACCCGAUCUAGGCAUCAGCUCCGAUGGUGAUUAUGGUGGUUGGCAGGCGAUCGAUGCCACUCCGCAGGAAUCUUCGGACGGAAUGUACCGCUGUGGUCCGGCAUCGGUGUUGGCUGUUAAGCUGGGAGAGGUACUGAAACCAUACGACAACAAUUUCCUUUUCGCGGAGGUAAAUGCCGACAAAGUGUUCUGGAGGUAUACCGGACCACAUCACCCGUUGAAGUUGCUACGAAAAGAUGUGCUCGGGAUUGGGUUAUUUAUCAGUACGAAAGCUGUCGGUCGGUGGGAGCGCGAGGAUAUAACGGCAAGUUACAAGUUUGCGGAAAAAUCGGAAGAGGAACGUGCCACGAUGCUGAAGGCACUGAAGCAAGCGAACAGCUACUUCAGCCGGUACUAUUUAAAUGAGGAGUUUAACGAAGUGUACUUCAAUUUCGAGCUGCGCGAUGAUAUUAAGAUUGGCGAGCCAUUCAAUGUGAUUUUGCUCGUCAAAAAUCGAUCAUCGGAAAAUCGACACGUUGUCGAGGGUUCGCUCCACGUAGACACGGUACUGUACACCGGUAAAGAUCGGGACAGCGUAAAGGUGGACACGUUCUCUAUAACGCUCGAACCUGGAACCGAGCACUCUGUGCAGAUGAUGGUUGAGUUCGAAGAUUAUUAUCGCAAGCUGCGCGAUCAGGCCGCGUUCAACAUAUCCUGUAUGGCCACUGUUUUGGAUACGGAGUUUGAGUUUUAUGCGCAGGAUGAUUUCCGUGUACGUAAGCCGGACAUAAAGAUAGCGCUGCUUGGAAAGGCAGUAUCACAGGCACCGGUCGAGGUGCAAUUUACGCUCGAGAACCCGUUACCGAUACCGCUUCGGAAGGGAGUGUUCCAUGUGGAAGGAACGGGCAUUGGAAAACCUUUGCUUUUUAAGCACCCUGAAAUAGCUCCUGGAGAAAAGGUAUCGAACAACUUCACGAUGACACCACCGUAUUCGGGACGUAUGACACUAGCUGCCAAGUUUACGUCGAAAGAGCUGGACGAUGUCGACGGGUUCCUGGCAUUCAUCGCUCAUCCACGUGCUGAAGACAUCAUCAUGAAUGUGGAAGAUAACGCAAUCAUUGCCCGCACAGACGUCGUCGACUAGGAAACGCCAAAGAUCCUGCCAUGUUUAAGCGUCUA